UAAAGGUUCAUGAAUGAACCAAAAUCAGUUUCCAAACACACCUCUGAGCAAACAACAGAUACAAUGUGGAACUGAAACCCUAGAAUCAGUGGCGUAGUGGCGAGCAUGAUAGCUCUUUCAAGGCCCUUCACCAAGAUUUUCCCCUCCAUUUUCUUUCGAAAUUUCCAUUCGAAUUUGGGUCCCAUCGCAGCAACCAGGCGUCAUCGAUAUUCUAAUUUUAUCUCAGCUAUCCCAGAUGAGGUCUCCUGGAUAUUGCCAUUCUUUGCUAUUCUGAGUAAAUCUAUUGGUAGUUAUCAAUCAUUAGCAACAGAGGCCUCUCCUGAUGAAGAUGUUGUGCCAGAUGAAUUCUUGAAUGAAAUUCUUUCUGAUAUAGAAAGGUCUCCAAAAUUCUCCAGUGAGAAACUUUGUACUACUUACAUUGAUAAAUUGUUGAAAGCUGGGAAUCCUUCAGCUGCUGCUAGGUUCAUGCAGUCCUUGCAUGAUAAACACAUAUUCCUUAGUCCUAAUGCAUAUAAUCUCCUUCUGGUAGCAGCAAGUGAAGCAAAUGCCAUUGACUUUCUAUCUCAGAUUUUUAAGGAUCUAUUGGUGUCCAAUAAGCCCUUGUCUUCAACUUCUUAUUUCAAUGUUGCCAAGGUUUUUACAAAGACCGAUGAUUCUGUCCUGCUCAAAUUUGUGAGAGAAGUAUCAGAAUUAACCUUUCCAAGAAAUGCAACGAUUCUCAACAGGAUCAUCCAUGCCUUUGCUGAGUGUAGGCAGAUUGAGAAAUCCCUGAUCAUAUUUGACCACAUGAAGAGUUUGAAAUGUAAACCAGAUUUGAUCACAUAUAAUACUGUUCUAGGGUUCUUGGGUCGGGCAGGCAGGCUGGAUGAAAUGCUGCAUGAGUUUUCCUCCAUGAAAGUGGCCAAUAUUGCCCCAGAUAUUAUUUCAUAUAAUACUUUAUUAAACAGCUUGCAGAAGGUUGGGAGAUUGGAUUUGUGCUUAGUAUUUUUUAGAGAAAUGGGUGAGAAUGGACUCAAGCCAGAUUUGCGAACUUACCGAGCACUGAUUGAGGGCUUUGGUCAGUCAGGGAACCUUGAGGAAGCACUGAGACUCUUUUCUGAGAUGAAACAAGGGCAGAUCCGUCCAUCUAUCUAUAUUUACCGAUCAUUAAUUAAUUAUUCAAAGAAGAUGGGGAAGGUGGAGCUAGCAAUGUCUUUAUCGGAGGAGAUGAAUGCAUGUCUUCCAGAUCUUAUUGGUCCAAAGGAUUUCAAACAGAAAAACAGGUAGCUAAGAACUUCAAAGUAAUUUGAAGUAUCAGAAUUCAUAGGUCAGCUCAAGCAAGGAUUUGUUUUGGAGGCACAGUUCAUGUAUCAUGCUUGACAUUGGUCCCUUGAGAAAUGAUUGGUGGUGCAUGUGUGCCUGUUGGCUUGUGCGAAAGUUGGGCUACCAUUUUGGACUUGAUUGGUAAAUUCUCAACAUGUCCUCAAAUUUUUGGUAAUAUCUGGAGCAGCUGGUUUUGUAGGUUCAUGAUUUAAGUGCAAGGGCAGGCUGGCAGCAUUAGAGGAUCCGAGUACUGAGGUGGGGGACAAGCUAGACGAGUAGUUGACUGCAGCAGCAGUUUGACAUUUAAGAUUGAAUUUUCAUCCUGACUACUGGUCUGACAUCUGGCAUCAACUUUGAUGAAUAUAUCAGCCCAUUUAUGUUUUUGUUCUGGGUAUGAGCUUUUUUCUGGUGCCUCGUUGAAACUGUCUUAUGGGGGUGUUGGUGGGAAAUACAUUCAAUACAGUAUGAAUUCUGCAACAACCGUGUCUUGACCCAGUAUGAUCCGUGUUCCUUUACAUAUCUUCUAGUUUAAUUCAUAUUAUGAUUAUAGUUAAAUAUUUAUGGCUUCUCCAGAGCAUCAGGCAGCCUGCCUGAGUGUUGGAAACAAACAAGGGUAUGAAGGUGUUGGAAUUUAGGAGCUUGGAUGAGAAAAAAAAAAGGGAUGCUAUAACGUAAAAUCCUAUAUGUCAUGAAUCACGUGAUAUUCUACCAACUAGAUCUAUGUACAAUACCGUUUCGAUGAAGCUUAACACAAUGUUCAUGUGAACAAAGUCAAAAAGGUAGAUCUAAAGGAGUCUGCUGGAAUGUGUGUGAUGUGCCCAAUCAACUUGGUGAAGAACUUGCAGGAGAGUAGCAGUUUUUCUCUGACUUGAGUUAGAAUUGAACCCACUUUGUAAAGAAAUUUGUAGAAGCUAGAGGGGAAACAAGCUAUUUGUUUGUGGUCUCCAUUAAAUGACUGGGUGAACAACUUAAAGAUGCUCUCGAAAGUAAACGGCAAGGGUGCAUUCAUGAUCCUGUUGAUAUGAAAUAUGAUCUUCCAGUGGAAGUGCUGCAGCAUUGAGAAGUUCAAAAUCUAAUAAGAAAUAUGUGAUCAAAUAAAGUGAUUCUAGAACGCCAAACGAGUAGUGGAAGCAAAUCUUUUGUGUGGUAGUAUGAAAUUCAAUUGGGCUUGAGCAUGUUUCUUUGUAGAUGUGUGAAUUUGGCCUGUGGGGUUGAAUUUUGAAUCCAAGUCUGUCUGAGAAUUGUGGGUCUAGUCCAAGCCUGAUCACUCCAGGGCUGGAGCCUGAUCCCUGCCAGGUACAUGUCCUGGAAAAAAGAACCUACCAAAAUCACGAUAUGCAAGGCUUUAAACCCCUUGUGCAAAGCAUUACCACUUUGUGAAUAACUAUAUAUUUUCUUCUGAUGUUCCUUGUAACUGGAUUUUUUUUCUAGUAUUCUAUAUAAUCCGGAAGUUGGAUUAUACUUAGAAUAAGAGGGUGUUUGAUAAAUCA